AUGCCGCGAAUAGAUAACCUCGUCAUAAACUUUUCAGAGGAUGACGCUCGGAGACUUCACCAUCCUCAUGACGACGCGCUAGUGGUCAGCCUGCAAAUAGGGGAUUAUAAUAUGCACCGGGUCCUCGUCGACAACGGUAGCUCAGCAGACAUCCUGUACUAUCCAGCAUUCCAGCAGAUGAGGAUUGACAGGGAACGGUUGUCCCCAACGAACGCCCCAUUCAUGGGAUUUAGGGGUACAAAGGUGUUCCCUUUAGGCGCAAUAACACUAGCUGUGACGGUGGGUGACUAUCCUCAGCAGAUCACUAAGGAGAUAACGUUUCUCGUAGUCAACUGCUCGUCCGCCUACAACGUCAUCCUCGGGCGACCCACUCUCAAUUCCCGGAAGGCGGUAACUUCAACAUACCACUUUAUGAUCAAAUUCCCGACGGAAUAUGGGGUGGGAGAACUGCGGGGAAAUCAAGUAGCAGCACGAGAAUGCUAUAUUUCCAUGUUAGAGAUGGAGGAUCAGCAGCAGACGAUGUGUAUCGGGAAGCAACGAGCAUUAGCAGAGCCAGUUGAAGAGCUAGAAGAAGUAAGACUUGACGACACACAGCCGGAACGAAUGACUAAAAUUGGCACACUAGCCAGUUGGCCAGUACGCCAGACGAUCACGACUUUCCUAAGAAAUAACCAAGACGUCUUCGCCAGGAGUCAUGAAGACAUGCCAGGAAUCGACCCCUCGGUCAUGGUCUACAGGCUAAAUGUGUCGCCCUCCUUCCCUCCAUUCCGGCAAAAGAAACGGGUCUUCGCCCAGGAGUGGGACAAGGCCAUAGCCGAGGAGGUUUGGAAGUUACUGGGGGCAGGUUUCAUCCGGGAAGUAUCCUAUCCCGACUGGUUGGCGAACGUCGUUAUGGUUAAAAAGGCCAACGAAAACUGGAGGAUGUGCGUAGAUUUCACAGACCUCAACAAGGCUUGCCCCAAAGACAGCUACCCGCUCCCACGGAUAGAUACCCUGGUGGAUUCGAUUGCAAGACACCAGCUCCUAAGCUUCAUGGACGCUUUCUCUGGCUACAACCAGAUCAGGAUAGACGAAUCUGAUCAAGAGAAGACCUUUUUCGUCACAAGCUAG